GCUGACUCCGCCUUCUGCCGCCACUUCCGGUUUCUCUCAGGGCCCGGCUACCGUUAGUCCCGCUGCUCGUCUCGGCCAGGCCCUGCCUCGCUGCCCGGGCCGCAGGGGCCUCCGAGCCGGGCGGUCGCCGCGGGACAUGGCGCUGCUGCAGCUGCUGCUAAGGGCCCCCCGCUGGCGGCGGCUCGGCCUGGCGGGGCUCGCUCGGAGCUGGGGCCGGCCUCGGGACGGCGGAGUGCUCCCGACCCUUCUGUCCCGAACACUUUCCCCCACAUUUCAAGGGCUCAGCGGACUCUUAGUGAAGCAACAUGUAAUUCGGGAUCCAGUGAUACUUUGGAAACUCUUAGGUGGCACUUACUAUUUUAGUACCUUGGGGUCUCGGUGGAAUAGCAAUAAGAAUGAAGGAUCCAAAGGGAAGCCUCCAGAGGAGGAUGAGGAGGAAAAGAAACGGAAGGAACAGGAAGAUCAGAUGUAUCGUGAGCGUUUGCGGAUGCUCUUCCUAAUAGCUAUCAUCAUGAGCAUGCUAAACUCAGUGACCACCAGCGGGGUCAACAUUUCCUGGAAUGACUUUGUGAAUGAGAUGCUGGCAAAAGGGGAGGUCCAGAGCAUUCAGGUGGUUCCAGAGAGUGAUAUUGUGCAAAUCAAUCUGCACCCAGGAGCAGUUGUAUUUGGACGGCCUAGGCUUUCCCAGAUGUACAGGAUGCAGGUGGCAAAUAUUGACAAGUUUGAAGAGAAGCUGCGAGCAGCGGAGGAGGAGUUGAAUAUUGAUGUGAAGGACAGGAUCCCAGUCUCCUACAAACGCACAGGGUUUUUUGGAAAUGCCCUUUAUGCCCUGGGAAUGGCAGCUGUUGGUGUAGCCAUAUUGUGGUACUUCUUCCGCCUUGCUGGGAUAACAGGAAGGGAAGGAAGAUUCAGCGCCUUUAACCAGCUGAAAAUGGCUCGCUUUACCAUUGUGGAUGGGAAGUCUGGGAAAGGGAUCAGCUUCAAGGAUGUAGCCGGAAUGCAUGAGGCCAAAAUGGAGGUCAUGGAAUUUGUGGACUAUCUGAAGAGCCCAGAGUGCUACCUCCAGCUUGGGGCCAAAGUGCCCAAAGGUGCCUUGUUACUUGGACCACCAGGCUGUGGAAAGACCUUGUUGGCAAAGGCAGUGGCUACAGAAGCACAAGUGCCGUUCCUGGCGAUGGCCGGCUCUGAGUUUGUGGAGGUAAUAGGAGGUCUUGGAGCUGCUCGUGUACGGAGCCUCUUCAGAGAAGCCAGGGCUCGUGCCCCGUGUAUUGUGUAUAUUGAUGAAAUAGAUGCUGUGGGUAAGACACGCUCAACCGACAUCUCCGGCUUUUCCAACACUGAGGAGGAGCAGACCUUAAACCAGCUGCUGGUAGAAAUGGAUGGGAUGGGAACCACAGAUCAUGUCAUAGUGUUGGCUUCCACCAACCGUGCUGACAUCUUGGAUGAUGCUCUGAUGAGACCCGGGAGGCUUGACAGACACAUUUUUAUUGAUCUUCCCACCCUCCAGGAGAGAAGAGAGAUCUUCGAACAGCACCUGAAGAGUCUGAAGCUGACCCAAGCUGGCAGCUUCUAUUCCCAGCGCCUGGCUGAGCUCACCCCAGGGUUCAGUGGCACUGCCAAAAAGAGUAAGAUCCUGUCGCAGGAGGAGCGGAGGGUCGUGGCCUUUCAUGAGUCAGGCCAUGCACUGGUUGGCUGGCUGCUGGAACACACAGAGGCUGUGAUGAAGGUUUCCAUAGCCCCUCGAACAAAUGCUGCCUUGGGGUUUACUCAGAUCCUCCCGAAAGACCAGUCCCUCUUCACCAAGGAGCACCUGUUUGAGAGGAUGUGCAUGGCGUUGGGAGGGAGAGUGUCUGAAGCCAUCACCUUUAACAAAGUCACGACAGGAGCAGAGGAUGACCUGAGGAAAGUGACCAAGAUAGCCUAUUCGAUGGUGAAGGAGUAUGGAAUGGUGCCCAGCAUUGGGCAUCUUUCUUUCCCAGAGUUGGAGCUCCCGCUCGGGAUAGGUCGGCGCCCCUUCAGCCAGGGCCUUCAGCAAAUGAUGGACCACGAAGCAAAAGUGCUGGUGGCUCAAGCAUAUAGGCACACAGAGAAACUCUUACUGGACAACCGGGACAAACUGCAAAUGCUGGCUAAUACCCUCCUGGAGAAGGAAGUGAUAAACUGUGAGGACAUGGAAGCCCUGAUUGGACCGCCUCCUCAUGGGCCAAAGAAAAUGAUCGUUCCUCAGCGCUGGCUUGAAGCAGAGAGAGAGAAACAAGACACAGGAGAUGAAGAGCCACCCCAGCAACCCCAGACCCGGGAAGAGGAGGAGGAACCCAGUUUGAGACUAGUAUGAAACUCAUUCCUGAUCCGGACUGGGAGAGGAGGGCUUUAGAGGCUUCCUUCCAGCACCAUACCGGAGUCCUUCCCCUUUCAGCUGCAGGGUCAAAGGCACUGAGAGACCAGAACAGGGGAUCUGUGUGUUGCCAAUAUCCUGCCCUUGACUUCUGGGUGUAUCAGCCACUGUACGAGGAAGGCUGCCUUCAGGGAGGGAUUCUGCAGCUGGUUAUCUCCGGGGUUGGGGAUUCCUGAUACAAGCACAGAUGUAGUUGGUCAUGUGAGGCAGAAAGGGGUAAUACAUGGGUUCAGAAUGAAUUUAAAUGCUAAAAUCUCUUUUGGGCUCAGCACAGUGUAAACGCUCAACAUCUGUUCUGUGACAUGGGUGUGCGCUGCCAUUCCUUCCUAUGCCACAGCCUCGGAAGUGUGUCUCUGUCAGGCACAACCACUCAGAAGGGCUCAAGGCAGUUUAAGACCCAGUAGUUACUACUUGACUUGACUGUACCCUUUUAUCUCUGCUCAGAGUUUAAAAAUAUACUGACUGAGAGAACAAGGUUCACUGGAGUAAAAUGGUCUUUGCGCAUUGUUAUAUAGAACAUAUUAAUAAAUGCAGGAGGCUGGGGCAUUCUAACAUGUACAUGAGACCUGUUAUGACAAGUACACAGUUCUGCAGAUUUAGGGGCUUCCUCUGCUGGUUGAUCUCUCUGAUAGUUCUGUGCCUGUCUCUCUCUCUGGGGAUUUUUUGUUUUUUUUGGUUGGUUUGGGGUUAUCAGUUCAUGGAUUAUCAACAUUGUUUGAGUUAUCAGUUUGUGUGCAGGUACUGGCCAACCCCACAUGUCUAGGAUCUACUUUUACAUCAGAAGCCCAUUUUCCAGAUCAGGACUGAACACAAGUGCAUUGAGAGGCUGAGUCUAGAUGUGCUGUUUCUUUUCUCAAUAGGAACUUGAGAAGCACCUUUCAGUAAGGACUCUUGGGAUGGAAACCCGGGUGUUCAUGUGCAUUGAUUUCUACAGGGGGCUGUAGACUGAACUUCUUUACUUGUGUUCAGACCUUUAAGUCCUCUGCAGAAGAAUCUUGUUGGGGCAUGAUCAUUCUCACUCCACAAUGAGAGCAUCUGAAAUAUCUGUGCAUUGAUGUCUGGGAUAUUUUGCUGGCUGGCUGUAUAAUGUGCCCUUUUCUCUUAUUGAGGAUUAUUUCCAUGGCUUAUUCCAUGAGGAUUAUUGUCUGUGUCCCUGAAAGGCCCCAGUCCAGGUGCCCCCCACCCCAGUUUCUUCUGUAGGGGACUAAGAGGUCUGAACACAAGUGAAGGGCUUCAGUCUACAGCCCCCUGUAGAAAUCAGUGCAAAUGAACACGCCUCACAUUGUUGCCAUCAGACUUCCGUUUGUGGAGAACUAGACAAGACUUUUGAGGCAGCUGAUGUUGUGUUGUUCAGAUGGAAGGGAUGCAGUUAUCCAAGGCAUUCUUACCCACCAUCACUUAUCUGAUGCAGAGCCUGCUUCUGUCUCAGGACUCCCAACCUCUGCUGGGUUUAGGAGUAAGACUGGAUCCUGAAAAUUGACCUGCCUGGUCUCUAUAGGCUACUGUAGGGCAGUGCCACCUGCCUGACCCACUGGUUGUACUAGUUAUAAUGCCAGCUCGGUGUUGGCACAGCAUUCUGUAGUAGUUUUUACUUGUUAAUCUUAUGGGGGAGGGAUGUUUUUCUUCUAGUCUGGGACUUGAUAUUUCCAUUGCUUUUUCCCUUGUUUUCUUUUUAACAUGAUGGGCUUCCCCUUUAUUAUUUGAACUCUAGAAUUUCACCUGCUAUAGAAACUGUAUUCACUUCUCAACCUUUUAAAAAUGGUCUCAAAUAUGUUCUGGGCCUGUUUGCAUGCAUACGUGGAAUCUGGUAGCACUGCUGCUAAUUGUAGUGUGAAUACAAAUGUAAUGCAGUUGGUUGGGACUUUUCUUAAUAAACAGCAGGCUCCUGUGUUUACAGUCUC